AUGACUUGUUUUCUACGCUUGACGCUCCUCUUUUCUUGUGCCGUGGCUGUGUUGGCAUCGACUCAGCUGCGAACGGAACGGAUGCUACGCAACAGGGGACGCUACAGCGACUGUAACAAUUGCGAUUGUGGGUGUGGUAACGGCGAACGUAGCGGUAGUAGCGGUGGUGGCGUUGAUACCGGUAGUAGCGGUGGCAGCACCCGUGGUCGAGCCCUACAUGCAGCGCAAGACGAAGACCUCAAGAAGGAAGCCGAAGAAAUCGAGGCCGAGGCUCAAAUGGUUGUGAAGGAAGCCAAGCACAAGCUGCGACUGGCCCUUCGUCAGAAGAGCAAGAAGAAGCGAGGACGCAAAAAGAGAAAGAGAAAGAAGUGCAAGUGUAACGAAUCUGAAGACGAGAACAUGAAGAUCCCUCUCACUAAGGUUCGAUCCAUUGCUGGGCUCGACCGAGACGACUACAAGGGUUCAGCCGAGACCCCGUUGAUGCGCAUGAUUGAGGAGACUACCUACACGGACCAGAAAUCGGAUAUGCCUCAUGGUCGAAAUGCUCGCACAGUUAGUAGCUUGAUGUGCAAGCAGGAUGAUCGGAUUUACAAUGCUAAGGGUCUUUCUGACAUGGUGUGGGCGUGGGGACAAUUUCUAGAUCACGACAUUGACCUGACUGAUAGCGCCGGGUCCUUUGGCAUGGCCAACAUUGAAAUUUACAAUGAGUACAAUGACGACGUUCUCGCGCACAAUGGAUGCAGUGUCAUUCCCUUCCAUCGAAGCCAAUACGUUGAAGAGCCUCGCCAGCAAGUCAACUUGAUUACGCAUUUCGUGGAUGGAUCAAACGUCUAUGGAUCCGAUGAGUAUCGGGCAAGGGCUCUUCGGGCGGAACAUGAUGGUCUGCUGAAGACUAGCAAUGACGGUUGGUCUCUUCCGUACAACACAGAGGCUCUGACGAAUGCUGGUGGGACAGGAUCGCAUCUGUAUCUUGCAGGCGAUAUCAGAGCCAAUGAACAUGCUGGGCUAACUUCAAUGCAUACCCUCUUUGUGAGGGAGCAUAAUCGUCUCGCACGGAAGAUCAAGUAUUACUUCAAGGAUGCCUCUAGUGACGACAUCUACGAACUGGCUCGCAAGAUUGUAGGGGCUGAGAUGCAGAAGAUUACAUACUACGAAUUCCUUCCCGCCCUACUGGGACCUUACGCUCCAAACAUGCAACGAUACAGGGGCUACAAGCGGAAGGUUGACCCUCGCAUAUGGAACGAAUUCUCGACUGUGAUCUAUCGUUUUGGCCAUUCCAUGGUCACGGGCGACCUGAAGCUUGCCAAGGACGGACGAAUCUUUGAUUCUGUUGAUCUCCGGGACAUCUUUUUUAACCCGGGCUUCCUCAAUAAAGACGAUACAAGUUAUCUGAAUGCGGACUACUUGAUUGGUGGCUUCAUGUCAAAUCAAGCCCAGGAGCUUGAUGUCAAUGUGGUACGAGACCUUCAAGACUUUCUCUUUUCCUCCACAAAUUCAAACAGCAGUUGUUUGGAUCUCGCCUCUAUGAACAUUCAGCGCGCUCGUGAUCAUGGGUUGCAACCGUACAACAGGCUCCGUGAGGCAGCUGGACUCCGCAAGGUGAAAUAUUUUGAGCAGAUCACCUCGGACUCUGUUGUUCUUUCGCGCCUCCAAAAUACCUACAGUUCAGUGGAUGAAAUUGAUGGUUGGAUCGGAGCAUUGUCGGAGGAUCAUUUGGAGGGGGCGAGUGUCGGAGAGUUGAUUGCUACUGUGAUGGCAGAACAGUUCGCUCGUCUGAUGGUUGGCGACCCAUACUUUUUCUUGAAUGACAAGGAUUUGUGGACUCCAGAGGUGAAGAAGAUUAUCAACCUCAAAAAGGUGACACUGGCCAGUGUGAUUCAGAGCAACACCAUUCACAAAGAUCUUGACCCCAAGACCAACGUUUUCUAUGUCUAG